AUGUCAACGACAAAUACUGUAGUCCCAAGAGACGAAAUCUUAGAUCCGUUUCUGCUACCGCUCCCAGUGUGGAUAAACGACGAGACGGUCAAAGCCUGCAAGCAGUGUAGUGCUACGUUCACUCCACUGCGAAGAAAGCAUCAUUGCCGCCAAUGUGGUCAUAUCUUUUGUCAAAAUUGCUCUUCUCAACGUCUUGCCCUACCUCAACUGGGAGAAUUUACGCCUGUUCGUGUUUGUAACGAAUGCUUUAGAGUUGCCUCCCUUGUCGGAGAGGUCAUUUCUGACGGUCAAACUACACAGAUUCAUGGUGCUCGGGGAUUGGCCGCAAUCGUAGAUCAAGGAAAAGGUACUACCGCUACUGGAAUAACUCGUGAUUUCCGAAGUUGGUUUAAAAUUGACGCCAUAAGUAAUAUUCUAUUAGAGCAAGAGAUAUCGAUCUUGAUAGAUCAAGGAGGGCUGGACGCUUUGAUUUAUUUAUGCAAGGAGCAACAUCUACCAGAACUUCAUUUUGAGGCGACAACUGCUUUGGCUAAGUUCGUGCUUAUAGAGGACCACAGAUCUACUCUUUUCAUGAAGGGUGCACUGCCUUACCUCUAUGUACUCAUAUUUCUUUAUGCACAAAGAGCGUCCGCAAAACAAUCGGAUAUAAAUUUUGUUUCAUCUGCUAAACUGUUGAAAAUGGUUUCAGAAAUCCUACGUAAUGCAGAAUCCCUAUCGCAGAGAAUGCUGAUGGACAAAGCAUUUGAUGCAAUCCUCACAUUAGCAGGCUUUGAAUUAGAUGCUACGAAGAUUGUCUCAGCAGAAAACUCGUAUGAUGAAAUACGUCUUAAAGUUGAGGAAGCACAAGUAUUGGCAGUCAAAACCAUAUCAUCUCUCGCCUUUUACCCUACAAAUCAGCUUCAAAUGAUUGAAGGCUCAGAUAAUGGUCUUACAGGACUUAUACAACUCUUGCAUGCCAAACAGCCGGAAGUCAGAAGAUAUGUAGCGAAGUCUAUUGCUUAUCUGUCAACCAGAAACGAUAAAUACAAGUCAAUGCUUGUACAGGAUGGCCGCGCUGAAUUGUUGGCUUCUGUCAUUCCGGUGGAUAAGGAGUUAGCCGUAGCCCACCAGAUGACUAUAGCACAUACAGCAUGUGCACUGGCGAAUCUUGCGACCAAUGACGACUCUCAGAAACUUUUAAUAGGACAACCAAAUAUACUUCCAAAUCUUUGUAACAUUGUUUUUGUCUUUCUUGACAACAAAGAAGUUCAGCGACAUCUUGCACGACUUUUGGCUAAUUUCGCAUUAUAUGAGAAAAACAGAAGGAGGAUGAUUGAAGACGUCAGUGUCGUAACACCACUCAUAGCAAUCGGAGAUUCUCCUGUGGCAGAUAGCGAAAUCCAUAAACACAUAGUUCGCGCAUUUGACAAUUUGUCGACUAAAUGUGAAAAAGAAGAGAAUCAGGUGCCCAUAAACAUCCUUGCUAAACUUAUUCCUAGCAGUCCGUUAAUCAACCGUAUCGCCGAGACAAUUGCUGAUGAAGAGGUUCGCAGAAGAGCUGCCCAUGUUAUCAACAAACUAGAUCAACUGGAGAAACUUCUGCAGAAAUCAGAUGAAGAGCCAACCGAGUUAAGUCAAUCUACGUCUUCAUUGACGUCCUAUGAUUUCGAGGAAGCGACUUGA